AACAUUGCCCUUGCAGCACCCCGUCAACCACCCGGCCACCGACUCUUACUGGAGUUGUGUGAAAUAAAGUUCCCUAGAUUUACCGUCAUUCUUCACCUUAAAUUUGCGUGACAAGCAUGGCAAAUAGUGAAGAUGGAAAGAAGAUAUUAUUUAUAUGCCUGGGUAAUAUCUGCCGUUCACCUACAGCAGAGGCAGUGUUAAACCAUGUAUUAAAGGAACGAAACAUGACAAAUUGGGAUGUGGAUUCUGCUGCCAUUGGGUCCUGGCAUGUAGGACUAGGACCUGACUCCCGUGCUGUCAGUGUUAUGAAACGUCACAACAUACCCAUGAAGCAUAAGGCUAGACAGCUCACGAAAGCCGACUUUGUACACUAUGACUACAUUUUUGGGAUGGACCAUGAUAACAUCUCUGACAUCAAAGCACGGGCUCCCAAGACUUACACAGCUCGGAUUGAACUCUUUGGUUCUUAUGAUCUGAAAAAGGAGCUGAUUAUCAGAGAUCCAUACUAUGAUGACGAUGAUGCAGGCUUUGAGAAGUGCUAUGAACAAUGUCUUCGAUGCAGUAAUGGUUUCUUGGACUCGCUGAAGUAACUUAAUGUUAAGCUGCCUGACUCUUGAUUUAUCAAGCUGCCACACUCCACUUUGUUGACAGUACUGUAAUUAUUGUUGCUGUCUUUUUUACAUUAUUUGUAAUGUCUUUACAUGAUUUCAGUUACUGUAUUUAGUAUUAUGAUAAAUGUGUUUUUAAUAUUUUUUAUGGUGCUUGGAACUUAUUUUAGCUUUAAUGAUUGGAACUUUAACUUGGCUGUCAUGGUUAUUUAGAAUAUUCCAGCUACCAUUUUUUGCAGUUUUAUGUACUAUCGUGCACAAAAGUCGUGUCCACUACCCAGCCACAGUGAGGGUUCGAAUAACCUG